AUGCUCACCUCCUCCGUCAUCCCCCACGCCCUGGCUCUUGCCGCCUCCCUCGCUCCGCAGCUGGUCCACUGCGUCCCCGUCACCGAUGGACUCGCUCCCCGGGAGCCGCAGUCCCUGUCGCUUUCGGACUUGACCAAGUACCUCAACCCCUCGGGGGGAACCAAGGCAGGGAGCGGCGCUGCAGGCGGCUGCCCAAGCACCGGGGGUGGUUAUGUGAGCCAAAAGAACCUCUGCUCGACCGGCACAUCGUACUGCUGCGUCAGCGAGGCAAGAGGCAACACGUGCAUCGACGCCACAACCAAAUGCGACCACACAGUUGUCUGCUGCAACAAUGCCAACGGGUCCCAGAUGUGCAUGGGUGACAUGAACUUCAACAUGCCCAUGACCAUCAACAUGCCUAUCAAUAUCAACAUCGGCGUUCCUAGCAACAAGAAAGACAGCAAGGUUCGCCGCUCCGGGCUGCAAGAUUUGCCUUCCAAGGGGGAUUCGAAGAGCUCGGCAGUCGAUCCCGUAAGCGGCCUCCCUGUGAGCGACCUCGUUCUGGACCUGUUGAGAACCACACAAUGA